AUGACUCUUCAGAACGCUUAUUUACUCAUCAGAACUGUACAAAUAUGUAGUUUAGAAGGAAAGAGAAAUAAAGAAAAUGCACCAAAAACUGUAGAUAAAUGGGUUGAUGACCCCUAUUUAAAAAACUCAUCGCUAUAUAGAGAUACAACAUUAGAUUUAUAUGUUACAUGUACAUUAUAUUCAGAUAGCAAACCACUUAUUCAACCAGAACAUACCUCAUAUAAUCCCUUUUCAGGUUCAAAUAAAUGGGAUGAAACUAUUAUAUUUCCAUUAAAACAUCAAGAUUUACCAUUCGAUACAAUGAUAGUUAUUACAAUUUGGGAUAUUUACUCACCAACCAAAAAGGUGCCAAUAGGUGGUACAUCAUUUAAUGUUUUUGGUAUGAAUAAAAUCGAAAGAAAAGGUAAACAUAAACUAUUAGUAUGGCAAGAUAGAGAGGGUGAUGGAGAAACUGAUACCUCAACACCAGGUCAAAUUCAAGGAAAAGAUGAACAAUAUAGAUUAGAAAAAUUAAAAAAGAAAUAUGAUAGAAAGCUAAUUAAUCACUGUCAAUGGCUAGAUAAAUAUACAAUAAAUGAAAUUGAAAAAAUAUCAAGAUCAUCAGACUCAUUAAAUAAGAAUAGAAUAUAUUUAACAAUUGAAUUACCAGAAUUCGAACUACCAGUAUUAUUUAAACAACAAAACUGUUCAUUAUACAAGCCAUUACAACUACAUGCAAAGAAAUCAUUGGUUUUAAUUAACGAUAUCGAAAUGGAUGAACAUCCAAGUGAACAAAAAUAUCAUAGAUUGAAUCUUUAUGAUCAUAAAGAUUUAAAACCAAAUUUAACAGAACUCAAAGGUUUAACCGAUAUUUUGAAAUCCCCACCAAAUACAAGAGUUGCAAGUAAAGAUGCAUUAUUAAUAUGGAGAUUUAGAUACUAUUUGACCACCAAUAAAAAAGCACUUACCAAGUUUCUUCGUUGUGUAGAGUGGAGCGAGUCACAUCAAAAGAAUGAAGCUCUUUCAAUUAUUCCAAAGUGGGAGCCAAUAGAUAUUGCUGACUCAUUAGAACUUUUGUCCUCGGCAUUUACUCAUCAGAACACUACAAAUGUAAGACGUUAUGCUGUUGAUAUCCUUAGAAAAGCAGAUGAUGAAGAGCUUCUCUAUUACUUGCUCCAAUUGGUACAAGCUACAAAAUAUGAACAGUAUGAUGGUAAUAUCAAUGACUCACCAUUGAUUAGUUUUCUUUUUGAAAGAUCUAGCAAGAAUUUCACUUUGGGAAGUCAUUUCUAUUGGUAUUUAACAGUAGACUCCGUAUUAAAAACCAGUAGUUUCUGUUCACUUUAUAAAACUCUUCAAGACACUUUCUUUAGACAACUAGACCCUACCGAUGGCUUAAGAAUUAACCAACAAAACAACUUUGUAUCAAGACUAUCAACCCUUUCUGUUGAACUCAAAGCAAUGAACUUCCCAAGAGAAAAGAAAAUCGAAAAACUUCGUCACAUGCUCUCAGAGGGCAGCUAUAAAGAUCUUUCUGAUUUUCCUCCAAUUAGAUUACCUGUUAAUCCAGAUAUUGAAAUUGUUGGUAUUGUACCAGAAAAAGCAACUAUUUAUAAGAGUGCUAAAUCACCACUUGGUUUAAAACUUCGUACAACCAAAGGAGAAGAAUAUGGUAUUAUCUUUAAAACUGGUGAUGACCUUCGUCAAGAUCAACUUAUUAUUCAAUUAAUAUCUUUAAUGGAUCGUUUAUUAAAGAAAGAGAAUUUAGAUCUUAAAUUAACACCAUACAAAGUUUUAGCAACAGCAGAAGAAGAUGGUAUUGUGGAAAUGGUUAAUCCAAGUGAAGCUAUGGCAUCGGUACUCAGCAAAUAUGAUGGGGAAAUUUUGAAAUUUUUUAAAACUCACAAUCCAGAUAGUGAAUCACCAUAUGGUGUAGCUCCAGAUGUUAUGGAUAAUUUUGUAAAGAGCUGUGCAGGUUAUUGUGUAAUUACAUAUAUUUUAGGUAUUGGCGAUAGACAUUUAGAUAAUCUUUUACUCACUCCAAACGGCAAAUUAUUCCACAUCGAUUUUGGUUACAUUUUAGGUAAAGAUCCAAAGAUUUUACCACCUCCAAUGAAACUAUGCAAAGAAAUGGUAGUCGGUAUGGGUGGUGAAAAUAGUAAGCAUUACGAAAAAUUCAAGCAACUCUGCUGCGAAGCCUAUAAUAUCCUCAGAAAAAGUAGUCAUUUAAUUCUUAAUCUUUUUGCACUUAUGGCCGAUGCUUCAAUUCCCUCAAUCUCUGAAGAUAAAGAAAAAAGUAUCCUCAAGGUCCAAGAAAAACUUCAAUUAGAAUUAACUGAUCAAGAAGCCUCAAAUUCUUUAUUAUUAUUAUUAAAUGAAUCUGUUUCAGCUUUAUUCCCUGUAAUGGUUGAAUAUGUACAUAAAUGGUAUCAAUAUUGGAGAAGUUAA